ACAGCUCUAACUAACAUUGAAACGUUGAAACGUCGCUUCAAUUGGAGCCUGUGUGUCCUUUCCAUUUCCCUUUCCUAUUUAUUUUAUCACUGGUUGAAACAGGUCCAAUUCCUCUAGAUAUUCCCAACUAUCGUAUUUAACCUCUUCAAAUCUGUCUGAGGGUCCUGUUAUUAACUCAAUUCACCAUGUUCAACCUUCGCCGACUUUUCGUCAGCGCUCUGCUGCUGGUCGGUCUAAGCGCCAUCUGCUUCUCCCAGUCGGCUGAGGCUGCCAAGGGGCCAAAGAUCACCCACAAGGUCUAUUUCGACAUUACGCACGGCGAUGAGCCCCUUGGCCGCAUUGUCAUGGGUCUCUAUGGAAAGACUGUCCCUAAGACCGCCGAGAACUUCCGAGCUCUUGCUACCGGAGAGAAGGGUUUUGGUUAUGAGGGAUCUACUUUCCACCGAGUUAUCAAGUCGUUCAUGAUCCAGGGAGGAGACUUCACCAAGGGCGAUGGCACCGGUGGCAAGUCGAUUUAUGGCGAGAAGUUCCCUGACGAGAACUUCAAGCUGAAGCACUCCAAGGAAGGUCUCCUGUCCAUGGCGAACGCUGGCAAGGAUACCAAUGGCUCCCAGUUCUUCAUUACCACCGUUAUCACCUCGUGGCUUGAUGGCAAGCACGUCGUGUUCGGCGAAGUCCUUGAGGGUUUCGACAUUGUCAAGAAGAUUGAGGGUGUCAAGACCAAGCCCGGCGACAAGCCGGAACAGACGGUCAAGAUUGCUAAGAGCGGAGAGCUUGAGGUGCCCCCAGAAGGUUUAAACGGAAAUUCCGAAUGGGCUGCAGGAUAUUCCACCGAAGACACCGCAAUCCCCGAGGCGGUUGGGACCGCUGCUCCCUCCGCUGAGUGGACUUUCUUCCAAAAGGCGCUCUUCUUCGGUGUUAUCGUUGCUGCUUUUGCAUUUUACCUACGCAUGUCAAAACGGAGGAGCGGGCAGGACGCCGCUUAUGAGAAGACGAUGGUAUAGAUGAUGUUUGGAUUUAUAUUUGCAAAAGACAUUAAAUUCAUGAUGCAUUUACUGUGA